GUCCUCGAUACUGAGUGAAGUUUCUACCAGGUCAAGAUCUAAAUUGCCAUCGGGCAAGAAUAUUCUCGUUUUUGGUGACGAUGGUUCAGGUAAAACCACACUUAUGGCUAAAAUACAGGGAGCAGAGCAUGGCAAGAAAGGAAGAGGGCUGGAAUACUUGUAUCUAAAUAUUCACGAUGAAGAUAGAGAUGAUCAUACCCGCUGUAACGUAUGGAUUCUGGAUGGAGACUUAUACCAUAAAGGGCUGUUGAAGUUUGCAGUUUCUGCAGAAUCUUUACAAGACACCAUCGUAGUCUUUGUUGCAGACAUGUCUAGACCUUGGACUGUUAUGGAGUCUUUACAGAAAUGGGCCAGUGUCUUGCAAGAACAUAUUGAUAAGAUGAAAAUUCCUCCAGAAGAGAUGAGAGAUAUGGAACAGAAGUUUAUAAAGGAAUUUCAAGAGUAUGUGGAACCCGAAGAAGGCUACCAAGGAUCACCGCAAAGAAGAGGCCCUUCUUCUGGCCAAGAGGACGAACACGUUUCUUUGCCACUUGGAGAAAACGUGCUGACUCACAACCUUGGUAUUCCUGUGCUGGUCGUUUGUACAAAAUGCGAUGCAGUGAGUGUGCUAGAGAAGGAGCAUGAUUACAGAGAAGAACACUUCGACUUCAUUCAGUCGCACAUUCGUAGAUUUUGCUUGCAGUAUGGGGCUGCCUUGAUUUAUACAUCAGUUAAGGAGGAAAAGAACCUUGAUCUGUUGUAUAAGUACAUUGUACAUAAAACAUACGGUUUUCAGUUUACCACACCUGCCUUAGUGGUAGAAAAGGAUGCAGUUUUUAUACCUGCUGGUUGGGACAAUGAAAAGAAAAUUGCCAUUUUACAUGAAAACUUCACAACAGUGAAACCAGAAGAUGCAUAUGAGGACUUCAUUGUAAAACCUCCUGUAAGAAAGUUAGUCCAUGAUAAAGAGCUGGCAGCAGAAGAUGAGCAAGUAUUUCUUAUGAAGCAGCAGUCAUUCCUUGCCAAACAGCCAGCAACGCCUACAAGAGCAUCAGAAUCGCCUGCUAGAGGACCUGCAGGAUCACCAAGAACUCAAGGCAGAGCUGGUCCCGCCAGUGUACCCAGUGCCUCACCGAUAACAUCUGUUAAGAAACCAGAUCCAAAUAUUAAAAAUAAUACUGCAAGCGAAGGUGUCUUGGCUAGUUUCUUUAACAGUCUCUUGAGCAAAAAGAGUGGCUCUCCUGGGAGUCCUGGUGCUGGAGCAGUGCAAAGUACAGCCAAGAAAUCAG